AAUUGUAAACCCUGCGCACAAUAUUUCUGUCAGUGACAGAACGAAAAUUGGUGUGUGUGAAAAAAGCGAGUGUUGUUCUCUUCAAUGGAGCCUCCACAAAACAAAACAUGGGAUUUAUCCUUGUACGAACUAAAUCGUGAACCGCAAGAAGCAAUUACCGAUAACAGCGAAAUUGCUGUGUCACCGCGCAGUCUGCACAGCGAACUGAUGUGUCCCAUUUGUUUGGACAUGUUAAAGAAAACGAUGACAACAAAAGAGUGUCUGCAUCGAUUCUGUUCGGACUGCAUCAUAACCGCUUUGCGUUCGGGCAACAAGGAAUGUCCGACGUGUCGCAAAAAACUGGUCUCGAAGCGCUCGCUGCGACCGGAUCCGAAUUUCGAUCAUUUAAUUUCCAAAAUUUAUCCCAGCCGUGAAGAGUACGAGGCGAAUCAAGAACGAUUGCUGGCCAAAUUCAAUCAAAGCCAUUCCCAGGCAUCACUGGUCAAUUCGAUAACCGUAAACGAAUUGAUGAAACUGCAGUCACAGAAUCGACCGCAACGCUCACGAAAGAAUCACGAAAGUGAGGGCAGAGGCAGUGGCGGCGGUGGCGACAACAACAAUUCCGGUCAAAUGAGCAAUGAAGCCAGCAUGAACAGAGAAUCAUCAUCGGGUAUGAAUGCCGGCGAUCGUCAGUCAUCAAAUCCACCAUCCGUACGCAGUACACCAUCGCCGGCCCCAUCGAAUAACAGCAGCGGUACCGGUAAAAUCAAAUCGGCUCGGUCGGCGAUGUCAUGGGAACGGUCGGAAGAGUCGGAAAGCAACAGUGAGGAAAUCGAUUACAGCCGAACGGAUGGCAACGAUUCGAAUGUGGACACGGAGGGUGAAGGCAAUUCGGAAUUGGGAUUGAACGACGAAAUUGAACUGGUGUUCAAGCCACAUCCCACCGAGAUGACCAGCGACAAUCCGUUGAUGAGAGCGUUGAAAGAGAAUUGUGUACGGUAUCUGAAGACGACGGCUAAUGCCACAGUCGAUCACCUCGUCAAAUACUUGGCCAUGCGUCUAACGUUGGACCUAGGAACUGAACUUCCUGAAGAUGGACUACUGAACUUUUGCAUCUACAUUUCACCAUCACCACCGCAACUGCUCGUGUUGAAUGGAAAUCAUACUUUGCAGCAAGUUAACGAGAAAAUAUGGAGGGUGAACAAGCCAAUGGAAAUGUUCUACACGUGGAAAAAGUCUUAGAAUCGAAAGCAGAACGGACCAUCCGCCACAUCCGGAGCGCCAGUCGAAUAUUUUGUGAAUGUCUUUUGAUAAAAUUAUUUCGUUUUUUGAAUUUUUGAUAUUUUCUGAAAUUAUUGUCUAUACAUGUGGCGACGACGGCAGUCCGAAUAUCUUAUUUUUUACAUAAUUUGCUUGUAUCCGAUGUAAUUUUUUAAUUUUUUUUCUUAAUUUAAGUGCUACAAACUAAGGAAGAAUAUAGUUUUAACCAACUUGGUAUAUGCGUUGUAAGCAA